AUGGCCGGUGGCCUGGCAGCUCGUAUCGCUAACUACCGUGGAGCCUCGAGGUUGCUUAGCCCUGGUUCCUUCUCGCGGUGCAAACAGGAAGAUGGGAACUGCCUGCUGGAGGCUAUUACCGCCACCUUCCGGAACUUCCACAAAGGCGUACCGGAAAUUGGACUCGUACCGUUGGAUCCGCUGCGCAUCGACAAAAUGGACAUCGUACAAGGCGAUGGUCCAAUAAACAUCGUGCUAAACUUCAAAAAGGUAGACCUGACUGGAUUCCAACAUGCACAAAUAAAGAAAGCAAGCGGAUUCACUUCCAACCCCACCAAGAUGGACCUUAACUUGAUCGUACCGGUUGCAUCACUGGUUGGCGGGUACAGAAUUAAUGGCAAAGUGUUGAUCCUCCCUAUUCAGGGCGAAGGUUCCAGCAACAUGACCAUGGUCAACUGUGAUAUCUCGCUAAAGUGGACCGGCAAGCUUGUGGACAGGAAUGGCAAACAGUUUUAUCAGGUCGAAAAAUUCAAGGUACACUUCGAUACGAGCCGGUUCUACAUGGACUUUUCCAACCUUUUCAACGGCGAUAGGGCGCUGGGUGAUAACAUGAAUGUAUUCCUGAACGACAACUGGCAGGACAUUCUGAAGGAACUGAAGCCGGCAAUAUCGGCGGCUUUCACAAAGAUAUUUGAUGCUGUCGUCAGCAACGUUUUCAACAAGGUUCCGUACAAUGAGCUUUACCUAGCCCGUUGUAAGGUGGGCGACGAACCAUGCAUCGUCCAAGCCGUGACCGACACAUUCCACAAGUAUCAGGGUGGCGUUCCAGGGCUAGCACUCGCUUCUCUGGAUCCGUUGCGUAUCGACGAAAUGGAUAUCGUGCAGGGUACGGGGCCAGUUAACAUUGUGCUAAACUUUAAAAAUGUUGACAUCACCGGUUUUAAGGAUGUAAUUGUGAAAAAGGCCAAAGGUUUGACGGCGAGUCCCAACGUGAUGGAGAUGAAUUUACUGCUGCCAGUCGCAUCGCUUGUUGGGAGUUACAAGAUUAAGGGGAAGGUGCUGAUUCUCCCCAUCCAGGGUGAAGGUGCCAGUAACAUGACUAUGGUUAACUGCGACUUCCUGAUGAAGUGGAACGGUGGACUAGAGAAGCGAGCGAAUGGCAAAGAGUACUACCAGAUGAACAAAAUUAAGGCCACAUUCGAUACGACCCGGUUCUACAUGCAUCUGACUAAUUUGUUCAACGGCGAUAAGGCACUGGGCGACAAUAUGAACCAAUUCCUAAACGACAACUGGGAAGACAUCCUGAAGGAGUUGAAGCCUGCCAUCAUCGGGGCAUUUACGAAAAUUUUCCGAGCUAUUAUAUCGAAUGUAUUUGAAAACGUUCCUUAUGAUGAGCUGUUUCUACCAAAUGCUUAG